AUGGUCUGACAGGACCAAGGGCGGACUGACAACGCAUGGGGCCCCCGGGCAAUAGGGGAUCAUGGGGCCCCUGUGUCCUUGUCCAAACUCAAAAAAGCCUAUGAAAAAGGUACCAGGGGCAUCUCAUGGGGCCCACUACUGACCCCGGGCCCUGGGGCAGUGCCCGCGUUUUCCAAGUGGUCAGUCCACCCCUGGAGAGAACAGCACUGAAAUGGAAGGAAGGGAAUUUAAGCUGGGUAUACACUAGUAUUAUUUUGAAUAAAUAUUUGUAUGAAAAUUCUCAUAUCUAAUGGACUCAAAAUGAAAAUGUAUUUUAUUUUAUUU